ACAAGAGUUACGUUGUGUAAACUGACACUUAAAUAAAAAAAAAAACUAGAAGAAGCAGCAUUUGUUUACUAUUAUUAAAGAAAAACGUGAAAAUACACAAAAAGUAUUAGAUUUCUCAAAAAUAAUAAUAAAAUGAGCUCAGAAACGGAAAAAACUUUGAAAAGAGUUGCUGACGAUACCGAGGAAGAAAAGAGUAAAGAAACUGAGCAGGAAGAGGAAGAAGAUGGUGGCUGGAUUGGCCCUUUGCCCACUGAACAGUCAGCUGCAUCUAAGCCCAAAAAGAAAAAAGUUUUACCUUAUGAACAUGUUUUUCUGGAAAACUUGCCCGAUGCCGAGUGCUAUGAAAAAAGUUAUAUGCAUCGUGAUGUUAUCACCCAUUUAGUGGUUACCAAAACGGAUUUUGUUAUAACCGCCAGUAUAGAUGGACACAUUAAGUUCUGGAAGAAAAUGGAAGAGGGUAUUGAAUUUGUUAAACAUUUUCGUAGUCAUUUGAUGCCCAUUAAUAGUCUUAGUGCCAAUGCUGGUGGCACUUUAUUAUGUUCUGCCUCGGCGGAUAAAUGUGCUAAAGUUUUUGAUGUUAUUAAUUUUGAUAUGAUAAAUAUUAUAAAAUUAGGUUUUAUACCCGGCUGCAGUUGUUGGAUACAUUCACCUGGUGAUGCUGUACAAAGUUUGGCCAUUUCUGAUAAAGAAUCCAAUAAAAUUCAUAUUUACGAUGGCCAGGGUAAUGGUGAGGUGUUACAUGUUUUAGAUAAAUUACAUUUGGCUCCGGUUAUAGCUAUUUGCUAUAAUGUACCCAAAGAUACGGCUAUUUCGGUAGAUCGUAAUGGUAUAUUGGAAUAUUGGCAGAAUUCAAAAUAUGAUUAUAAAUUUCCACAAAAACAUGUAACAUUCGAUUCAAAAUUGGAUACCAGCCUUUUUGAGUUUGCCAAAUGCAAAACAUUGGUAACUGGCCUGGCGGUCUCAAACGAUGGUCAACGUUUUGCUACACUUUCUACCGAUCGUAAAGUUCGGGUAUUUAAAUUUCAAACUGGUAAGCUAAUACGAGUCUUUGAUGAAGCCUUAUCAACUUAUGUACAAAUGCAGCAAACACCACAUGCUUUACCUAAUAUGGAAUUUGGCAGAAGAAUGGCCGCAGAACGUGAUUUGGAAAAAUCUGAUUUUAAUAUGAGCAAUAAUAUUCUAUUUGAUGCCAGUGACCAUUUUCUAUUGUAUCCCACUUUAAUUGGUAUUAAAGUUAUUAAUAUAGAAACAAAUAGAUGUGUUAAUAUAUUGGGCAAAACGGAUAAUAUAAGACCUCUACAUAUAGCUAUGUUUCAGGGCAAGGCUAAAAGAGUAAAAGCUGCUAUAACAUUAGAACAAGAGGCUAGUGAAAAUCCUGCUUUACAAAAUUUAGCCAAUGAUCCCACACUAUUUUGUACGGCCUACAAAAAACAACGUUUUUACAUGUACAGUAGACGUUUGCCAUCUGACUUACAGGAUGUUGAUCGUGAUGUAUUUAAUGAAAAACCUACCAAGGAGGAUAUAAUAGCUGUUCCAGAAGGACAAGAAGAAGGAACACAACGUGUCUAUGAAAAUGUGGUAUUACAUACCACAAUGGGUGAUAUACAUAUAAAACUAUUUUACAAAGAAUGUCCUAAAACAGUGGAAAAUUUCUGUGUACAUGCCAAAAAUGGUUAUUACAACAAUCAUAUAUUCCAUCGUGUCAUUAAGGGUUUUAUGAUACAAACUGGUGAUCCAACUGGUACGGGUACUGGUGGAAAAUCUAUUUGGGGUCAUGAUUUUAAAGAUGAAUUUUGUUCGAGUUUAAAACAUGAUCGUCCUUAUACGGUUAGUAUGGCAAAUGCUGGACCAAAUACGAAUGGCAGUCAAUUUUUUAUAACUGUAUUACCCACGCCCUGGUUGGAUAAUAAGCAUACAGUUUUUGGUCGUGUCUUUAAGGGCAUGGAAGUUUGUCAGAAUAUUUGCAAUUCUAAAACAAAUCCUAAAACUGAUAAACCUUAUGAUGAUAUUAAAAUUAUUUCCAUACACUUAAGUAAUUAAGGUGGGUAUGUUUAACAAAAACUAAAUUUUUAAUUGAACUUUUUCUUCUUUUUGUAGUAAAUUGUUAAUAUUUAAAUAUUAAAAAAAAAUCUGUCAUUUAAGUAAUGUGUGUGUUUCGGUAGUUAAUCGUUUGUGUAAAGAAAAUUUUUGACCAAAA